AUGUUCCGUGUACUUGCGGUCCUGUCGAUGCUCAGCGUUGGCUGUGGCCUGGUGCUGACCGACAAACCCCAGCCUGCUGCGAAUGCCAGCAAGGACGGCACUGUGGCGCUGGCGGCUGAGGAGACCGCGGCAGGAGACGAUGAGCACAACAAAGAAGAGCUGGCACAGAUCGCCAAGCAAGACAAAGAAGUCGUCGUUGAGAGCGAGGCUGACCGAAAGUAUUUUGAGGAGACGGCGAAGGACGAGAAAGAGGGCGCCAACGAUGACGAAGAGGAGCUUCCAGAAUCCAGCGCGGAGAUCGCAGCGGAGGAGAAGGUUGCAGCAGCCGAAGAGACCGCCGAUUCUGACGAGAUGAUGGAUACUGCGGAAGACGAGGCCAAUGCGGCUGAUAUGGGCGAUGAGGCUGAGCCCCCCAAGCCAAAGUCUGCACCUGCUGUGCCGAAGGAUGCACCCAAGAAGAGCAAAUGA